UUCACCAUGACUUCCAGGCAUUUAGCCCCUUUGCACCCGCCAUGCACUCUCCAUCAAAGAGAUCCUUCAAGCGCAGCAUGGCUCCAGCAUCCACUGGGCCCUCAAAGCCUACCGUGGCGGCUCCCGCGGUUCCCGCCGCCCCUACAGCUCUGGCAGUCACUGGGCCCUCAAAGCCCACCGCAGCUCCUGCGGCUCCCACGGCUCCCACAUCUCCAGCCACCUUGAAGACCACCAAAGCAUCUGUGCCCAACAGUUCCUCAGUGCACCCUAAGUCCCCUAACUUGCUUAUGAACCCUGGCAGUUCUAAGUCUACCAGAGCAACAGGUACUAAGACGGCCCCUUCAACUCGGCCCAGCAGCAGGUCCCAAGGCCACAGCAAGACAAGGACAUCCAGUCAGGUGAGCACUGACACCAAGGCCAGGAAAGCCAGCACGGGCAGGAAGGGAGGCAAGACUGGAGUUAUGGGACAGUAUCAGCAGAGAGACACACACAGCCGGGGGCGAACGCCAAGCAAAAGGGGAAGCCAGAGCUUCAAGACAUCCCCGAACAGGGCUAGCACUCCUAACAGGAAGAGAAACCAUUCUGCCAAAUCAGGUGUGGCCAAGAAAGCAAGGACCCCUACUUCCCACCGCAAACAAAGCCGAGGUAAGAGUUAUAGCCGACAUAGAAGCAGUACCCGUGAAAGGAGUGACAACUGGCUUAGAAACAGGCACAGGGCAAAGAGCCCCAAGCAGCAUGGAGCCUUAGACACUGAGCAUGCAGGCUCUAGGCUACCUGCAAUGUCCAACAGGGCCAAGAGCUACAGCCCAAGUAGGACAGUCUUUACGAGCUUUAAGUCUCCGGUGGCAUCCAGGAGAGCCAGGAGCUACAGCCAGUUGACUUCCCCCAACAGGGAACAAGAGAUUUACACCCUGACUGAUCUGACUCACAUGUCAAGCACGAUCAAGCACAAGCAGGCCAGAAGCCACAGCAGGACCCAAAGCCUCAGCCGCUCUAGGACCCCUAGUAGGACCCGAAGUCACAGCCGCUCUAGAACCCCCAGAAGGUCAAGAAGUCGCAGUCACAAGAGGACCCAGAGCCAGGAGAGAAGUUAUGGCUGGAAGAGAAAUCGUAGUAGGGCAAGAAGUCGUACCCGGAGGGGCACACCCACCCAGAUGAGACAAGACCGAGCAAGCCACCACAGCCAGGAGAGAAGUUACAGCCCAAGGAUACAUCCAAGAAGGGAAAGAAACCAAGUAUGGUCUAGGACCUCUAGUGAGGAAAAAAGUCACAGCCGGUCCAGAAGUACCAAGGAGAGAGCUCACAGCCGCUCAAGAACCACCAAGAAGAAGGGUCAUAGGCGGUCUAGAAUGUCCAGUCCUGAGAGUGAGAGCAGCCAGUCUAGAAGUCCCAGCACAGACACAGCCCAUAGCCGGUCUCAAACUCCCAUCAAGAAGAGAGCACGGAGCAGAUCCAGAAUCUCCAGCAAGGAGAACCAGCAUGGGCACUCUAGAACCCCCAGCAGGGAUAGAUCCCUCAGCCAAUCUAGAACCUCCAUAGAGGACAGAGAACCCACCCAAGAUGCAACCCCUAAGAGCCGCCAUGGGAAGCCAUCUCCCACCAGGACCAAGACUUCUAGUCAGAAAAGAGCUGGUGGCAAGGCAAGCAGCCACUCCUCAACACAGCUUCCCAAGGAGAUCCAACCCCAGGAUGACAGCUUUGCCAAGACUGCUACUUCUAAGGCCACCUCACCUGGGGAAAGGUCUUCGUCAUCUUCCUCCAAGCUGGCGUAGCCUCCAGUCUCAGUGGGCUCACGGGUCUCUGUCAUGGCGGGGGGAGGGGACAAGAGACAGGAGCAGAGCAGCGACUGGGCAGGGUCCCUCCCAGGCCAGCUCUCCCACGGUCACACCUCCAGCCGCAAGCUCCUCUAACACAGGAUGUUGGCAGGUAGAGAGGGAUGCUGGACAGGGGGAAAAGAAAGGCCUGCGAUGACUCAAUAAAUUUUUACAUAACACUUGUCCCCA